AGAUUCAGGAUGACGUUGCCCAUGAAGAAUCAGACCACCACAGUGACCGAGUUCAUUCUGCUUGGUUUUCCCAUCAGCAGAGAGGUGGAGCUACUGUUCUUUAUGCUCCUUCUGCCCACAUAUCUCUUGACACUUCUGGGGAACAUCCUUAUCACCUGCGUUGUUGUGUCCUACUCACGCCUCUACACACCCGUGUACUUCUUCCUCUGCAAUCUCUCCAUCUUGGACAUCCUCUUCACCUCUGUCAUUUCCCCAAGGGUUCUGGCCAAUUUGGCCAUUGGGGAUAAGACCAUCUCCUUUGCUGGGUGUAUCACCCAGUGCUAUUUCUACUUCUUCCUGGGGACAGUGGAAUUUCUUCUAUUGACAUGCAUGUCCUAUGAUAGGUAUGCUGCCAUUUGUAACCCACUAAGGUAUAGCACGAUUAUGAGUCCAUCUGUGUGCAUUGGACUGGUUCUUUUCUCCUGGGUGGGUGGUUUCUUGUCUGUUCUUUUUCCCACCAUACUUAUCUCUAGGUUACCCUUCUGUGGCUCCAAUAUCAUAAACCACUUUUUCUGUGACAGUAGGCCCCUAUUGGCCCUGGCCUGUACAGACACGACAUCUAUUGAGCUGAUGGAUUUUCUGCUGUCGUCCACCGUCAUCCUCAUCUCCUUAAUUCUUAUUGGGUACUCUUAUACCCACAUCAUCAUGACCAUCUUACGCAUCCCAUCAGCCAGUGGGAGGAAGAAGGCCUUUAACACAUGUGCUUCUCACCUGACCGUUGUUGGGAUUGCUGGUGGGAUCACAGUCUUUAUAUAUGUGACUCCCUCCCAGAAAGAAACCUUGGAGAUCAACAAAAUACCCUCGGUGUUGAGCAGUGUGGUGGCACCUUUCCUCAACCCCUUCAUCUACACCCUGCGCAAUGACACAGUGCUGGGGAUCCUCAGGGAGGUGGGGGUGGGAGUCAGAGCUUUAUCAGUCAAGAGGAGUAGUAGAACACUCCUAAGAAUGCCGUCCCACAAAGGUCACUGA